AUGGCAUUAAAGGUUAACUUUAUAGAGAGAAACGAAUCAAGCAAAAAGCCUCUAGAAACUUGCGAUAACGUCACACAAUUGCGAGCCGUCGAUGACAAAGACAGUGAUGAUGACAACGACAUCGACGAUCCCGCACCAUUAACACUGAACCUUAACGAACGUGAAAUUGGACAUUACCAAUUGACCGAAGAAGAAAGAGAGGAUAUGGAUUUGGCAGGACCAUCAGCUAAGAAACAAAAAAAAAUAGUUCUGGAACCAUAUUUUCACACCGACAUGACAGACAAGCUACCUCUUCAUUUAUGCCGUAAAAUGCGAAGCAUUGGAGAUAAUGAUAAUCUUUCGAAUUUGUCGCUUUUUUCAGGUAACAGGGGUUUGGAAGCGCCCUACGCAGUCUUGGUAUUUGUCCACGGGGAGAGUUUCGAGUGGGGUGCAGGUCAUCCCUACGAAGGAAGCGUUCUUGCUUCCUACGGACACGUCAUUGUAGUCACCCUCAAUUUUCGACUGGGAGUACUAGCUCAUAGAAUCUCGUCUGGUAUGGUAGAGUCAUCUGAUCUACCGCUAUUCGGUUUAAACCUGGAGUUCCUCGUCAACCCCAAUUCGUACAAAUUAAAAGACGAUUAG